AUGCUGCUCAUGCGCCACAAUAUCCGCCGGAUGAUGAUAGACAACAGCGCUGGCCGGCGCCAAGCUCCAGAGCCUAGCAUAGGCUUUGGACAUGAUUACGGCUAUGGCGGCUAUGGACUUGGACUUGGGCUUGGACAUUACGGCGGCGGCUACGGACACUACGGCGGACAUUAUGGCGGUCACUAUGGCGGCUACGGCUUGGGUCUUGGGACUGGUGCGCCCAUAAUAUCCAAAACUAUUAUAGGCAAAAGCUAUUUGGGCGGCUAUGGCUAUGGACUGGGGCAUGGUUAUUUGGGUGGAUAUGGACACGGCUUGGGGCAUGGCUAUUUGGGUGGCUAUGGACACGGCUAUGGCUGGUAAGCUGUGAAGCUGUGAAGCAGCAGAGCUGAGCACAUGUGAGAGCAAAUCCAAAUAUUCGCAUAUUA